CACGACACCUCCAGGCAGGGCAAGUUAGCGGGGGGACACUGGUGUGCAUGACGGCAAAACCUGAAGCUGCCCCUUGCAUUCCAAAACACCACCGCUUCACGGCUCAUUCACUACAUCGCUAUCAUCUCUAUCGACCACAACUGACUCCCUUUGUUCUUGGACUUGCAAAUCACCGAAUCAUUUCAUAGCAUUCCUGUCCCUUUCCUUUAAUACUCGGCUGCAUCAAUGCUGUGAUAACGCAGGCUCCAGAAUCAGCAAUGAAUCCAACUUCCGCGCCCUUUGGAGUGCCUGCAACCCGUCCUCCUGGCGCUCCUCCUAUCGUCAGACGCAAGAAGCCUGUAUCUGAUCCCUUUUUCAAAGGCCCCAGGAGCAAACCGACCGUGACCAAGCCUCAACUGAACGGCCACCUCACUCCUCCCGUCAACCUCAACGGCCAUCCACCUCCGAAGUCACAGCCCGUAUCUGCGCUGCCUCCACGCGCGGCCUCUCCGUCCACAGCAGCUCUUCCAGAUCGUGAGCGCGUGAGUGGCUUCAGCGACCCUCGAGUUGCAGCCGAAGGAAUUUCUUACACGGACUACAAAGUGGUGACAACAAAGAGAGAUCUGCUCAACGGCCUCAGGUAUCAUAUCCUCCAGCUCCCUGGCGACAAACCCAUAGACAUUCGCAAUGAAUCCGAGUUUGCCAAACCAGUCCGUCUGCAUCGACGCGAUCCUCGCGCCCCUCCUCCGGGCCAUCAGCAGGACAAGAAAGAGGAAGAGCAACCAGAACCAAAGGAUGGGCUCAACCCUGCAGAGAGAGAAGAGUUGAAUCGGCGGAAGGAAGCCCGGCAGAAGGAGCGUGAGGCGAACCUGGCGCAAAUAGCUCCGUCCCAAAAUACCGGCAAGAAGUUGAACUUCAAAAAGAAAACGCAACAAGUCUUCAGACCAGACUUUUCGGCCGAAGAGAAGCGUCGAAUCCAGAACAACUAUGAAGAGAAGCUGCCAUGGCAUCUCGAAGAUUUCGAUAACAAGCAUUGCUUCGUUGGGCAUCAUCAGAUCGGCUCUGUCAGCACCAACGCCGCCUUUGUCUACGAGCCAUCAGUGGAUACUUCAACCGGCAAAUUUCGAAUCAUCCCAAUCGAAAAAGUCUACCAGUUCAAGCCAAAACGGGAGAAUCUUCAAAAGAUGACGAUUGAGGAAGUCGAAGCAGCAAUGAAAAAGGGAGGCUCAGAUCCCGAGUGGCUGAUCCGCCACCGAGAAGCUCGCAUCCAGGAAGCCUUGAAAGAGCGCGCAGCAAGAGAAAGUAGGGCACUCUUUUCUGGCGCAGCUCGGACAACAGCCGAUGCAGGGAGGACUGGCGAGGAAGCGGACCUGGACUACGAAGAUGACUUUGCCGAUGACGAGGAGGGCGAUCUGUUCCUAGACAAGGAUGAGGACGAGAAGCUCGCAGAGAAACGAAUCAAGGAAGAUCAGUUGCAAGCUAAUUUCCUUGAUUUCAAGGAUCUCAAGGAGUAUGAUGAGGCAGAAGAGCGAGAAAAGCGGGAAGCAGAGGCCAGGAAGAAGAAUUUCCGGGACCUGAGAAAAGCACUGGAGAGGCGGGAGCGGAAUUACAAUCAUGGUAGUGAUUCGGAAAAUGCAUCCUCUACCGACAGCGAGGAAGAACGGGAGCGAAUCGAGCGUGAACGUCUGGCCAACAUCAAGAAGGAAGAAGAAGCAGAGGCCAAGAAAUCCGCUCUGUCCUCGGGCGCCAAUACACCCUCGGGUCGGAAAGAGAAGAGAGGUUCUGACCGCGACGAAGAAGGUGGCAUGAGGAAAUCGACAUCGACUCGCUCUUUGAAACGCCCUGGCUCUCCAAAUCUCUCUGAUGCCUCUGGCACGGACGUUUCGACGCGGAAGAAGAAGCUCAAGUCGAAACAUCUGCCUUCUACUCAACCCACGCCGGGCCAUUCGAGACCUAUGUCCCCGGCCAAUGUUCCGCCUAGCUCCUCUGCGCCGCAGACGUUGGACCCAUUGGCGGCAUUGAAGGCACGAAAGCGGGCUGGGGCCGCAAGUCCCAUGGGAGCCGGAUCAGACACCGACACCGACGCGGCCGCUAUGUCCGACAGCAGUCGUGCUCGACGCCUCAAGCUCAAAAUGUCGGCCUCUCCGCCUCCCACGGGCGCGGCAGGAACAGCCUCACCACCAGCUCAACCGUCCUCGCGUGCAGCGUCCCCAACUCCAGCCUCCGCCGGUGGUAGUGUUCCUAGGCCGGUAGCAUUCCCCUCGGCACAAGACAUCAAGAACGCGAUCCCGCCCCAAGGCAUAACUGUCAAGGAUCUUAUGAAGGUCGUGGCGCAUCCCAAAGACAAGCAGAAGGAGUUUGUGGCAUUGGUUAAGGAGGUGGCGAGUUACGACAAGGAGAGGGGUGUGCUAUUGCCGAAAUAGAAAACGAUUCGCUAACGAUCCACGUUGUCGCUAUUAUGGACGGGCACGGAGAAGCGGCAUAGGCUCUGGUGACUCCGACUGCGAUUGUUGACAGAAACGGGAACAGUACAGCAGUUAGUUGGGCAGCUGGGAGGAGAGCUACUAGAGUACCUGGAGACGGCGUGCGUAGAUACCUACAGACUGUACAUGAUGAUUCUUCCCACAACCACGAGGCGAGUAAGAAUCCCAAAUCGACAUGUUUUCAAUGGAGCAAAGGCAGAUAAACAUCCGUUGGUAUGCGCUGUAUAGAUGGUCUGUGACGGUCUGUGAUGUGAUGAUGGCUCUCCCGCUGGUCAUUCAUUAUAUAGAGCAAAAAGAUGCAGGGGCUCCGGUAUCCAAUUUAUACAACUCUUCCCAGCCGCCCUCCAGAUUCAAGUCUCC